AGCAUCUUAGGAGAAGAAUGAGUCGAUUCUGGGGGACUGCUUUUUUCUUUAGAGGGUGGGAGGCCUGCGAAAAGUAGUCCCUUCCCGGCGUUUUUGCGGAAGAAUCCACCGGGGCGGGGCUGCCCGUGACUAUAUAAGGAAGCCCCGGGUGUGGCGCAGGCAGUUCCGUCUGGACCGGGAGUUCAGUCUUCGUCUCCCUCUGUUCGCUGCUGGCACCAACACCAAUUGACAAUGCAGAUCUUUGUAAAGACCCUCACUGGUAAAACCAUCACUCUGGAGGUGGAGCCGAGUGACACCAUCGAGAAUGUCAAGGUGAAGAUACAAGAAAAAGAAGGCAUCCCCCCCGACCAGCAGAGGCUGAUCUUUGCCGGGAAACAGCUGGAAGAUGGGCGCACCCUGUCUGACUACAACAUCCAGAAAGAGUCCACUCUGCACCUGGUCCUCCGCCUCAGAGGUGGGAUGCAGAUCUUCGUGAAGACCUUGACCGGCAAGACCAUCACCCUGGAGGUGGAGCCCAGUGACACCAUCGAGAACGUCAAGGCCAAGAUCCAAGACAAAGAGGGCAUCCCCCCCGACCAGCAGAGGCUGAUCUUUGCCGGGAAACAGCUGGAAGAUGGGCGCACCCUGUCUGACUACAACAUCCAGAAGGAGUCCACUCUGCACCUGGUCCUCCGCCUCAGAGGUGGGAUGCAGAUCUUCGUGAAGACCUUGACCGGCAAGACCAUCACCCUGGAGGUGGAGCCCAGUGACACCAUCGAGAACGUCAAGGCCAAGAUCCAAGACAAAGAGGGCAUCCCCCCCGACCAGCAGAGGCUGAUCUUUGCCGGGAAACAGCUGGAAGAUGGGCGCACCCUGUCUGACUACAACAUCCAGAAGGAGUCCACUCUGCACCUGGUCCUCCGCCUCAGAGGUGGGAUGCAGAUCUUCGUGAAGACCUUGACCGGCAAGACCAUCACCCUGGAGGUGGAGCCCAGUGACACCAUCGAGAACGUCAAGGCCAAGAUCCAAGACAAAGAGGGCAUCCCCCCCGACCAGCAGAGGCUGAUCUUUGCCGGGAAACAGCUGGAAGAUGGGCGCACCCUGUCUGACUACAACAUCCAGAAGGAGUCCACUCUGCACCUGGUCCUCCGCCUCAGAGGUGGGAUGCAGAUCUUCGUGAAGACCUUGACUGGCAAGACCAUCACCCUGGAGGUGGAGCCCAGUGACACCAUCGAGAACGUCAAGGCCAAGAUCCAAGACAAAGAAGGCAUCCCCCCAGACCAGCAGAGGCUGAUCUUUGCCGGGAAACAGCUGGAAGAUGGGCGCACCCUGUCUGACUACAACAUCCAGAAGGAGUCCACUCUGCACCUGGUCCUCCGCCUCAGAGGUGGGAUGCAGAUCUUCGUGAAGACCUUGACCGGCAAGACCAUCACCCUGGAGGUGGAGCCCAGUGACACCAUCGAGAACGUCAAGGCCAAGAUCCAAGACAAAGAGGGCAUCCCCCCAGACCAGCAGAGGCUGAUCUUUGCCGGGAAACAGCUGGAAGAUGGGCGCACCCUGUCUGACUACAACAUCCAGAAAGAGUCCACUCUGCACUUGGUCCUGCGCUUGAGGGGAGGUGUUUUAAGUUCUCCCUUUUAAGCUUUCGAUACAUUACAUUGCACUUUUCUCUCAAUAAAGUUGUUGCAUUCCCAAA